UGCCUACGACACCGAGAUCCGCGGGGCGCGAGCGCGAAACGGGCAGCGGUCUUUUACUCGUCAGACCUGCAUCCCGGAGCAUCGCCAUAUUUGCGUGUCGUCCGUCCACAUCGUGUUCAAAUUCGCAUAAUAACAUUUCGGUAAGGACGUACUACCAGUAUACCCAUCAACGAAAAUGAGUCUGGUUAGGACUACGGCGACGAAAUUGCUCGAGAUCAGUCAGGUCGCUGCUCCAUUAUGGACAGCUUCUCGUACAAUGGCCUGCACAUCAACUGAUCUCAAGUCUAUUGUGGCUGAGAAAUUAAAACAGAGUGGAGAGGAAAUCAAAGCUUUUCGAAAGCAACAUGGAUCAACUGUUGUUGGUGAUGUGACUUUAGACAUGAUGUAUGGUGGUAUGAGAGGUAUCAAAGCCUUGGUUACCGAGACAUCUGUGUUAGACGCCGAUGAAGGUAUUCGCUUCCGUGGUUAUUCUAUACCUGAAUGCCAAAAACUGUUACCAAAGGCACCUGGCGGUUCAGAGCCUUUGCCUGAAGGCUUAUUUUGGUUAUUAAUUACUGGGGACAUUCCGACUGAAGAGCAAGUGAAAUGGUUAUCUAAAACUUGGGCUGAGCGAGCUGAAUUACCUUCUCACGUGGUAACCAUGCUUAACAAUCUUCCAAAUACUGUUCACCCAAUGACUCAGUUAGCAGUUUCUGUGGCUUCGCUAAACACCGAAAGCAAAUUCGUAGAAGCUUACACCAAAGGAGUUCAUAAAUCACAAUACUGGGAGUACACAUAUGAAGACGCAAUGGAUUUAAUUGCCAAGUUGCCCGUUAUUGCAGCCACAAUCUAUAGAAAUGUAUACCAUGGUGGUAAGCAAGUCGGUACAGUCGAUACAGAACGUGAUUGGAGUGCCAACUUCACAUCAAUGUUGGGUGCUAACAAUUCAGAAGAAUUUGUUGAACUCAUGCGCCUGUAUUUAACAAUUCAUUCUGACCAUGAAGGUGGAAACGUGUCUGCUCACACAACUCAUUUAGUAGGAUCAGCUUUAUCUGAUCCAUACCUUUCUUUCUGUGCUGGUAUGUGUGGUCUGGCCGGUCCAUUACAUGGACUUGCUAACCAAGAGGUUUUGAUUUGGUUGCAAAAAUUACGCAAAGAAGUUGGUGACUCUGUAACUAAUGAUCAACUCAAAGAAUUUAUUUUGAAAACAUUAAAAAGCGGACAAGUAGUACCAGGUUAUGGACAUGCUGUUUUGCGUAAAACUGAUCCUCGUUACACGUGCCAACGUGAAUUUGCUUUAAAACAUUUGCCCAAAGACCCGUUGUUUAAACUUGUUUCUCAAGUAUUUGAUGUCGUCCCUCCAGUUCUUAAUGACCUUGGUAAGGUCAAGAACCCGUGGCCAAAUGUAGAUGCUCAUUCAGGAGUUUUGUUACAAUACUAUGGCUUGAAAGAAAUGAACUAUUAUACAGUAUUGUUUGGAGUAUCUCGUGCUUUAGGAGUAUUAGCUUCAUUAGUCUGGGACCGCGGUCUUGGUCUACCUAUUGAACGCCCCAAGUCCUUAUCUACUGAGAAGUUAAAGGAAUUAGUCAGUAAGGCAAAGGCUGCUUAAAUACAUGUACUGAUAUGAAUUUCAUUGUAAACUGUAACUUUUUUCACUCUUAAAUUUCAAUCCCCGUCCAAAAAUGCUUUUGCCAUGUGAAUAGACUAAUAGGGUUAGUAAUUUAAAAUAUCUGUAAUUUUAAAACAUUUUGUGGUAGAAAAUUUAUAUCGGUUUUUUUGUUGUUGUUCUCAUCAAGAGAGUUCAGUUCUUACGAUAUUGAAUCAGAAAACUCCUUUGUAAAUUAAUUUUGUUUUACUAUUUACAGACAUCAAUAGUAUUUAUUUUGAAUAAAUAAUGAAAAAUAAUAAAAGUGAAUUAGGUAUAUCUUACUGUUUUUAAAGUCAAA